AUGCAGAAGCCACGGACAGGGACUAUCGGAGCCCGUCCGCCUCGCCAUUUGCGGCGCCAAUCGCGGCGACUGCGACUGCUGCGCGUCAUCGUCUUGAUGGCGGGCAAGCUCUGCCGUGCCGUUCCCUGGACUCUCGCCCGCCAUUCUUGCCGCUCCCUCGACAAUGCAGAAGCUCGGGCGAAAGCUACAUGGCGGCGUGUUGGUCGCGAGUUGAGGCACCAUGGUCCGCGUCGUUCCUCAGUGGCUCUUAACUGCCGCACAGCUUGA